UAUCACCAUGACAGGAUAUUUUCAGUCUGUUCUCUGUUUCAAGCGAAGGAGGGCGACUGCUCAGCCGGGCGUACUGAAUCUCACACUUUUCUGUUACCUUCUUCUUGCAACAUUUGUAGACAUGGCUGGCGAACCCCUCUUUGUCGAGGUAAACAACUGGAUAUUGGAGAAUGAAAAGGCUUUCCUCCCACCAGUGUGCAACAAACUUAUGCAUUUCCGCCAGCUGAAUAUCAUGUUUGUGGGUGGCCCCAACACUAGGAAAGACUAUCAUAUCGAAGAAGGGGAAGAGCUCUUCUAUCAGGUUCGAGGGGACAUGUGCCUGAAAAUAGUGGAGAAUGGAAAGCAUAAGGACGUUCACAUUCGUGAGGGAGAGAUGUUUCUGCUGCCUGCUCGCAUACCUCACUCCCCUCAGCGGCAGGCCAACACGGUGGGUUUGGUGGUGGAGCGUAGGAGGCUGCUGACCGAGACAGACGCCCUGAGGUACUAUGUGGAGCAUAGUACUGACGUCCUGUGGGAGCGCUGGUUCUACUGCCAGAACCUGGGAACCCAGCUUGUACCCAUCAUCAAAGAGUAUUUCGCCUCUGAGGAGCAUCGCACUGGAAAGCCAAAUCCAGCUGAACCACCCAAGAAGGCCGCCUUCCCAUUUAACAGUGUGAGUGUGAUGGCCCCAUUCCGCUUCAAGGACUACGUAGAUGGCGUCCGUGCCGACCUCGCUGGCGGCAAGGUGGUGGACAUGUUCGGAUCAGCAUUUGAGACAGAGGUGUUUCUGCUUGGGCCAGGGGAGACCAAUACCACAAACCAUGAGACGGACCGCUGGAUAUGGCAACUGGAGGGCUCCUCUGAGGUCACUCUCAAUGCAGAAAAGUUCAAUCUCACAAUGGGAGACAGCUUGCUUAUACCUGAAAAGAACCAGUAUAGCUGGCAAAGGAGUAAGGACUGCAUUGCUUUGCUUGUUGCUCAAGACCAUGGUCGUAAAAGACCCUUCUAAUCAACUGGGAAUUGCCGAGUGUGAACAACAUUAACAUUGGAGGGGUUUUUUUAAGCACAUAUUGGUGAAAUGGGAUUUUAAAACAAAGCAGUUAAUGCUAACAAGACUGUAUAAUACAGCGCUGGUACAUCAAUGUUGCAGGUUAAAAGUCAUUGGUAACAUACUGUACCUUAUGACGACCUCAACACAGACAUUUUUUAUUUUAAAUAGUAACCUGUUACUGUCAAAUGUCACAAUAAUCCCAAGCACUUUAUUUAAUUACAUUUAAACUACAUCCCUCCUAUACUGUCUUCCAUAACUUUCCUAACACACAAUAUGCACAUUUCUGUUAGGACGGAUUAUCUAACAGUAGCAUGAAAAGACGUGGACAUAAAAACUUGUGGACAUAAUAU